CAGAACGUUUGUCCACGUCAUAACUGUGCUGCGCUAUUGCUUGAAAUAAUCGCGAAGGUCUUGUGUUUUUAUUUUUGAUACGUCUCUUACAAAAAGCAAUCAUGUCGACCGCAAUGAACUUUAGCAGUAAGUCUUUUCGGCCCCGUGCUCCAGACAAAGGAUCCUUCCCUCUGGAUCAUUUCGGAGAGUGUAAAGCAUUCAAAGAGAAAUUCAUGAAGUGCUUGAAAGACAACAGCUAUGAUAACUCCAUGUGUCGAGUACAGUCCAAAGACUACCUUGAAUGCCGGAUGGAUAAUCAGCUGAUGGCCAAGGAACCUCUGGAGAAGCUAGGGUUCAAAGACCUGAUGGACAAACACAGCCAGGAGAACAAGGAGGCUAAACCCUAAACUUUCCUUCCUACACAGAUGGAUGCUGUCAUGCUUGAGUGAUAUUAGACACGACGAUAGCUUCUCUCGUCCACGUCUUGUAUAUAAAAUUACAAUGUAAUAUAUUGGGGGCAGUGUUUCAAGCGUUGUGUGUGUGUAUAUAAAUAUUUUUUGGUAAAUGAA